AUCAACCUUGCGAUCUACACCAGGCGACAUGGAAACGUCCAACAUGGCCGACGCAGGAGACCACAGUUAUGGCAAGAUCGACUUUUGCACGCUGGGGAUGUUCAUCAUCGAUGAGAUUGAGUUUCCCCCACCAAAGCUGCCAGUCAAAGACAUCGUUGGUGGAGCUGGAUCAUACUCCGCAUUGGGCGCACGCAUCUUCUCUCCACCGCCACAAUCAGAGUCUGUGGGUUGGAUUAUAGACUGCGGGUCUGAUUUUCCACCUGAGCUGCGCGACUUUAUUGCGCGAUGGAAGACUGGUGCACUGAUUCGCGAGACGCCUUAUCGAUUGACUACACGAGGUUGGAAUGGAUACACUGGUGAAAACGAGCAUCGAGCUUUCCGAUACUUGACGCCUAAGCUACGCGUGGAUCAUGAGGAUCUGAGGAAUACAGACCUCUUGUUGUCCAAGUCGUUUCACCUGAUCUGUUCCCCGUUGCGUUGCAUCGACCUGGUUGAGAACAUCAUCGCAUUGCGCAAUCAACAUCCUAACUCGGCUCGAAUUCCUCACCCGAUAUUCAUCUGGGAGCCUGUUCCUGACCUGUGCACAACUGAGGAGUACGAUAAUUGCCUGAAAGCGCUGAAGCAUGUCGAUGUCGUCAGUCCAAACCACGGGGAACUUGGCGGCUUCUUCGGCAGGAACACAGAUGGAACGGAUCACGUAGAUUUCCGAACAAUUGAAGAGCUAUGCGGUCAGUGGCUAAACAGUGGUGUUGGCAAUGGCAAUGGUGGGGUCGUCGUGCGCUGUGGGAAAGAUGGUUGCCUGGUGAUGCGCAAAGGGCUGGGCGCAGGGCUGCGCAAAUGGAUGCCUGCGUACCACCAGUCAGCAGAGAAGGUGGAAGAUCCUACAGGAGGAGGCAACAGCUUUCUCGGCGGACUGGCGGUCGGCCUGGUCCGGGUACCAGGGUAUCUCGAGGAGGCUGCAAUUUGGGGAUCCAUUUCGGCGAGCUUCGCCAUUGAGCAAGUUGGUAUGCCCAUUCUCUCACAGUCAGCAGACGGGGAGACGUGGAACGGAGUUCGUGUCGAAGAUAGGCUUUCAGAUUUCAGGCAGCGCCUGGCUAGUUAUGUACAGCCAUAGUCGCGGUCGCUGUUUCCUCCUCCCCACUCAUAACCAAUCUAACCCUCAAGAGUCUUCUCGAUGAUGCUCUGAUCUUGUUUCCGCUCAUGUUCCCGGAUCUGUUUGGUCCAGCUGUGUAGUUGUUAGCUUCCAGGUCUGAAUUCAGAAUAUCCGCGUAGGUCGUACUAUCGGCUGGGGAAGAAUCGGUGGCGUUCGGGCAUCUUGUCGCGAUAUUCGCGGUUUGCGCUGAGCAUCCAGGCCAUGCCGACGAUGCUGCCGAGGGCGAGGCCUACGACGGCCGUGUUGGCUUUCCAGUUGGCGGGUUGGGCGUACCAACCACCGGCCGGCGACCAGACGUGCUUGGGGUAUCUAGUCAACGUCAACUCGGCACUGACAAGCGAUUGGCAGGCUGCUCAUACGGGAUCUUUCCUCCUCCGCCCAUUGUAAAGGUGGUUGUGCGGGUUCGUGGGGUUGCUGUUGC